AUGCAUCGCAGACCGUCCAUCCUGUCGUACCGCCCGAAGACCUCUUCUGCUGCCGACGACGAGUCUGCCCAGGCGCCGUCCUUUGACCGCGCCAUGAAGCGAACCGCCAGCCAGACCUUCAACACGCACUACCCGGACAUGCGGGACGCCGGCGUGGCCCUGGAUGCUGUCAACGAAGGCGCCAUGGCUUUUGACAGCGCCAGCUCUCAGCAUUCACACUCCAGCACCAUUUCACGCGCGCUGGGCGCUGUCACGGGGCCUUUCACUCGCCAGAAAGCCCGCCGUCGCAUGUCGUCCUUCUCCUCGGCCACUACUUCUGCUCCACGUCGUCGUGGCUCGGUGCAGUCGUACAUUGAGUCGGCCACAUCCCCGAGCUCAACCCACAAGGCCUGUUCCGAUCCCCAGCGCGCACCCCUGCACCACCAGGACUCUGGCAUCCCUUCCUUCGCACCGCAAUCUCCGCAAAGCCCGGCGUCCAAGGCCUUUUCCUUCAAGCGACUCAGCACCGGCAUGAGCAGGCGACGACCGACUGUGUUUGGCGCCCCUGGCGUUGUCGACAGGAUCAGCUCCUCUCCGUUGCCUAUCCCAUCCGCGCCCGGAAGCGCUGCGAGACAAGCCGCUGCUGCCGCCAACCAGGAUCGCCUGAACCAGCUGCGCCGCGAGCAGGAGCACACUCAUCGCUUCCUCAAUGGGCUCAUCCCCACUAGUGUGUCGCGAGACGAGGAGAUGAAGGACAACGAGAGCGGUGUCGACAUGACAUGCGCCUCGCCUAUUGUUCGUGCCGAUAGUGUUACCGAAAAGAAGAAAAUGAUCGAUCCCUUCCAACGCCUUCCCGCUGAACUCGCAACUGCCGUCCUGUCAAACCUCGACGCCACAUCGUUGGUCGCUGCCGAGCGUGUGUCUCGCUCAUGGAACGAGCAUGCCACAUCAAUGCACGUCUGGCGCGACGUCUUCCUCCGCGAGUACGAGCCACCAGUCCAUGUCACUCCGGCCCCAAUACAGAUGGGCGGGCUCGGCAUUGGCCAGUCCAGCAAUGGCAAGCCAAUCCCCGCACAAGACUGGAAGGGAAUGUUUGAGGCUAGGCGAACCAUCAACCACCGAUGGAAGACCGCCAAGCCUGCCGCCAUCUACAUGAACGGCCACACCGACAGCGUCUACUGCUGCCAGUUCGACGAGAAGAAGUGCAUCACUGGCUCGCGCGACCGGACAAUCCGCGUGUGGGACAUGCAGACGAACAAGUGCCUCCGGGUCUACGGCGGCCCAAACCACCGCCCCAACCCAAACACUCCCCCUCCUAUGGAGGAGCGGCCAGAGAAGGUCUUGAGCCAUCCAUCGCUGAACGGAACACGGGCUGGUAACGACAUCUACCGUGUUCCUUCCGAUUACCAUGAUGCAUCCAUUCUGUGCCUACAGUACGAUGAAGAGAUCAUGGUCACGGGAUCUUCCGACUACACCUGCAUCGUCUGGGACAUCACCGGUGAGGACUUCCGACCCAUGUACCGCCUCCAGGGCCACGAGGCUGGCGUGCUCGACGUCUGCCUCGACAACAAGUACAUCAUCUCGUGCUCCAAAGACGCCAUGAUCAAGGUCUGGGACCGCAAGACGGGCGCCUGCAUCCGUACGCUCAAGGGUCACCGCGGCCCCGUCAACGCUGUCCAGCUGCGCGGCAACUUCCUUGUCUCCGCUAGCGGUGACGGCUUGGCCAAGCUGUGGAAUUUGCAGACGGGCACCGCGAUCAAGGACUUUCCCUCGGAGGACCGCGGCCUCGCUGCCGUAGAGUUUUCCGACGACGCAAAGUACGUACUCGCGGGUGGCAACGACCAUGUUGUGUACAAAUUCGACGCCGCUACGGGUAGCCUUGUGCACAGCCGUGUCAAGCACGAGGGGCUCGUCAGGUCCCUCUUCUUGGAUGCGUUCAAUGGCCGCAUCGUCUCCGGCAGCUACGACCAGAGCAUCCACGUGUCCGACUACACCACUGGCGCAACCUUUGCGACGUACAAGAACUGGACCACAAGCUGGAUUCUCUCCGCCAAGAGCGAUUACCGUCGCGUGGUCGCCACUAGCCAAGACGGAAGGUGUCUAAUCCUCGACUUCGGACACGGUGUCAAAGGCGCAGAGAAACUCAUUGGAAACUGA